CGCGCUCCCCUACCGCGCUCCCCGCUGCCACCGCCGCCGCCGCGCCCCCGCGCUCCGUGCCGCGCGCCCGCCGCGUCCUGGCAGCCAUGGCCGGGCUCGUGGUCAGUGGAACUCAAGUGUCCUACAUAGGCCAGGACUGCAGAGAAAUUCCAGAGCACCUUGGCAGGGACUGUGGACAUUUUGCAAAGAGGCUUGAUCUGAGCUUUAACCUUCUGAGGUCACUGGAAGGACUGAGCGCAUUCAGGAGCCUGGAGGAACUCAUCUUGGACAACAAUCAGCUGGGGGACGACCUCGUGUUGCCAGGGUUACCCAGACUGCAUACCUUAACCCUCAACAAGAACCGAAUCACUGAUUUGGAGUACCUGCUGGAUCACUUGGCAGAAGUGACACCAGCUCUGGAGUACCUCAGUCUGCUGGGCAACGUGGCCUGUCCCAAUGAGCUGGUCAGCUUGGAAAAGGAUGAGGAAGACUACAAGAGAUACAGAUGCUUUGUUCUGUACAAGCUGCCCAACUUGAAAUUUCUGGAUGCCCAGAAAGUAACCAGACAAGAACGAGAGGAGGCAUUGGUCAGAGGAGCCUUCAUGAAGGUGGUGAAGCCCAAGCAGUUCCCUGGAGCAGCUGGGAGGAGAAAGCCUCUUUCACCAGCCAAGAUCAAGUCUGCUCGCCCCACACACUGCUGAAGAAUGGCCUGGCUGGGGCUGGGGUGGAGGGAAGGGUUACUUUACUUUUCCCUGGCCCCUACCUCACAGGGAUAGUGACUUUCCUUUCUCUAAGCCCCACCCUGACCCUGUGUCCUUGACGAGUCGGUCUCUUUCCUGUCUCCCACCAUCUUGCCACAGAAUGCUGUGGGAUGUUGGUCUGCCUGGGACAGCCAAGGGAGGACAGUCCUGCCUGGAAAAUCCUUCUGGUCUGCAGGGUAGACUUGGCCUCAGGUGUUUGUUUCCAUGUAAGCUAAACAUAGCCUUUUUUCUAGUGAUACUGGCUUCCUCCCCGCUCUCCCUCACACUCGCACUCCCAUCCUCUUCCUCAUGAAGGAUUUCACCUGCAGAUAGCCUCUGUAGACAGAGGACUGUUUGACAAAACACAAGCAUCUGCCCCCAGCAGCUGUUCCCAGCAAUGGGGAUCAGUCACUGACUCCUCCCACCUCCUCCUUCUCGUGCUUCACUCUUCUGCACCCAUCCCCCCUCAAUUUUUUAGUCUUCUCAAGUUUAAAGACUUCCCUUGACAUGCAUGAAACCAAAUUUCUCUUCUGGGGACCAGUGAACACAUAUUCUGAUUUUUUUCUAGUUCCUCGCCUUACCCCAUUCUCAGGAAAGCCUAGGCACUUCCUAAGUUCAGAGCACUUCCUUGCCGGGGGGCCUGCUAAGUGGGGUGAGUUUAACUGGAGCACCCCUCCUAACUUUUGGGAAAGAGUUCACUCUCACCAACCUACACUUUCUACCUUUCCUUCUCUGGGAUUGUCUCACCUCUGGAAAUCCUUCAGGGACUUCUGGGGAAUGGCUAUGUCAAUGGGGGUGGUAAAAAGUGGCUGUAGGCUGGUAAAUGUCAGAAGCUAUUUGCAAGACUGGGAAAAUUCACUGUUUAUUUCUUCAACAAGCCCUAGUUUCCUCCACUGAGAAUGUGCUUCAUCAUACUCAUCAUCCAGGUUUGUGUUCAGAGCAGUUUAGCUUAGGCAUGCAAUUAUCACUCAACACUCAUAAGUAAGUGGCCAAGUUUAAAGUUACUCUGUGAAUAUUUCUACACAUUCUAUUCAGUAAGUGUUCACCAAGUCCCUUCUCUAUGCCUACCACACAGCUAAAUACUCAUGUGUAUAUGUGUGGGAGAGAGAGAGUUUUACUGUCGUGGAGGGGCCUGAAUGAAAAAGGCAUCACCGUGGAAGAACUUGAGCUUUCAGUCCUGAUAGGUCAUGGAUAUAAAUGGAUGGCAGCUGCUAGCACAGUGAUUUAUGAGUGAUGCUCCCAGCCAAAGGAAGUCAGGCACAUUCUAGAACUGCAGACUGCUGUGUACAGGGCAUCUCAGUAUAUUUAGCAAAUGAGAUUGCAAACCACAGAAAAAAAGGCUGAGUGGGUGGAGAGGAAGAACAUUCUCUGGCCAGAAACUUGCUGAACUUUGAGGCCAGGGACCGGAGGUUUUGCAGAGGUGGGGAGAGACGUUCUUUGGCUUGUCCUACAGAAAUAAAUCACCACGGAGGAGAUAUACCAAAGGCCAAUUAUAUGGAGUGUUUUCUUGGAAAAUCAUCUCCCAGACAGGCCCUGUAAAUCAUCCCCGGCAUUGGCGAGCAUUCAGAGCUGCCUGGUGGGGCGGGUGGCAUGCCAGUGCACCCCAGUGUCAGGUAGAGGAAUUACACAGGGGUAUUCUUGUUAUAGCAGGGAAAACAGAGGUCAGGUACUAGCUGUCUUCAUCCAAGGAAGCAGUGUAGGGCAGAACUGUUUGUUCUGUCCUAGGAAUUGUAGGGCCAAGGCUUUUGACCAGGUUUUACCACUUACUUGUUCUGUGACUUUCAGAUUAUCUACAAACAGAGUGGGGACUGGGUUAUCUCUAAGGUUCCUAGAGGGCCUGACACUAAUUUUAUGCCUUUGUGUUCUCUAUAACUUCUGCAUAGCGUAAGCUUUUGCAUACCACACCCCAUGCUGGUAAUUAUCCCAAGAGAGACAAAAAUUUCCAUCUACCCAGCAAGGUUAGUCAUACAGGAUCAUAUUGGGAGGGUAAUAGGAGUCUCUCAAAGCCAGGUCCUCAGUGUAGCUGUAGAGAGAGAUGGGAAUUUAGCCUGGAGAAUAAAGAGCUAGGGGGGCGCCAGAGGUACUGUGUUCAAUAUUGGAAGGGCUUCAUGUGGAAGAGGGAUCGUGUCUGUUGUCCUGCUCUGUAGGCCAAAAGCAGGACCAAUGAAACUGCAAAUAGAGGGGCCCAAAAGGAAGGAAAAGAUAAACCAGCAAUCAUUAUUCCAUUGCUCAGUGACACAAAUUUAGUGCUUGAAAAUAUAGCAAGAACUCUAACUGGCCAAGUGUGGUGGCUCACACCUAUUAUCCCAGCACUUUGG